GUCAAAGGGUUGUCAAAAAAUUAGAAAUUAUAUUGGCCGCUUUUUUUCAAAAUGAGUGAUACAAGUGAGAUCGAAAUAGUAUGUUCACAUCGAAAACUCAACAAAAUAGAAGAGGAAAAAAUUAUUAUUGAUUUGGAAAGGAGCGCAUAUGCCCAAGCUCGCAAACGAACCAUCCAAAACUUGAGAACGCCCACAAUAUCAGAAAUCAAAGAAAAUUUAGGCAUAAAUGUAGCCAAUGUCGUUUUCGAAAACUGCCCUGAAGAGCAGCAAAUUGAAUUGGGACUUAUUCCACCCCUUAUCGGACCAGACGGACAAGCUUUAUGGACAUCACCUAGCGACCUUUUAAUUGGAAAAGUAUGCUUGAAGCCCCCACUUACUUCCAAGCACAUCAAAGCUCUUACGCAUCAAGGGAUUUUAGAAAUCGGUGCGAAAAUCGAGAGGAAGUACUGGAACCAAAUGGAGAUGGAGAAAGAAGUGGCACUGAUGGAACAGAAGGCCGAUCUGAUGUUCUGCUUCAAGAAGGAAUUGCAAAAGUCUCUCGUGUGUCUAGGCGUCCGCCUUCAAGAAGAAUGCCAGGCAAAGAUUGCCGCUCUGAGUGAUAAGUUCGAAAACGAGCUCAGACGCAUGUUGCAAGCCCAGGAGCACAUACUUAAGGACGAGCUGCAAAAGAAGUUCAACAAAAUCUGCGACGUGCUGGUGCAACAGGAACGACACUGCGAAGCCACCAUCAAAGAGGCGGUGGAGAAAACGGUCAGAGAUAUGUGCCAAUUAUUCAUUGAGGAUUUGGAGAAGCAGCACGCGCUCCUUUGUCAGUAUUUCGGUGCCGAAAUGAAACGUGUGCAAAUACAGAAUCACUACGAGGCGCAGUUGCGCGAAUUGCAUUUCUACAGACAAAUGAAGAAUUUGAAGCACCACCUGGAGUGCAGGAACGUGGCAAAUAUGAUGUACGUGCUGUGUAUGGAGAGGAGGAAGUGCAACACCGAGAAAUUCAGCAUUGAGGAAUAUUACAAGAAAGAAAUAUCUAAAUUGAAUGAAAUCAUUGACAAACAAGGGGAGGAAAUAAAUAAACUUCAAGAAGAAAGAGAAGAAAAAAUAUUAGGAAUUAAUCUGAGGGAGAAAUGCAUAAUGCAAAUUCUCAAGCAGUUCCAGAAGUUCAUAAACUUUGCUCUGCAAGCUACACCCACCCAAGCAGAGUUUCUCCUAUCUACUGAAAAACUGUUGGUGAUGGAACUGACUGAUGCGCUUCAAAAUAUCAGAGAGGAAGGUGUUAAUAAAUUAAAACGUCGUGAGGAGCCACCUCUAAAGAAAUGGAAACAGGGACCUUCGGCGACGUCAAGUGUUCAUAGUUUGACGGCAAAGGACCACCAUAUGUGCUACAGAGAAGUUGAGCCUACGUUGAAGUUUUUGGAAAUGGAAGGUCGAGGUGCUGACUUUGUUGUACCAGCUGUUAAUUGGAAUAAUCUUCUGUACAUAAGAGAAGAUUUUAGAGAUUUAGUUGCAUCGGGUGCUGAAGUAACUAGAGACCAUGAUCUUUGGAGUCCGGAUGUGGAACUAUUAAUUCAGAAGUUCAGACAAGUUGCGGAAAAUGUUCCUAAGACAUACCGAUUUAGUAGCGACGAUGAACUCCCAAUCUGCAAGAAGAGGAUCAAACCUGAUGAAAAAUUGAUAGUUACCUUCGAAAUGGACAAGAUAAGUGAAGAGGAUGAGGAAGGAGAAAUGGAAGAGGACAAAGAGGAAAUUUCAUGGGACUCUCAAGAAAUAUGCAACAAAGAAAACCUUUUUAAACCUUGUAAACCACCAGGCAUAUGCGUAAUUGGUGAUGCAUCACAGGUUACUGCCCACAUAGAUUAUCAGAAAAUAGGAGAAGUUGAACAAUCCAAAACGAUUUUAUCGGCUAAGGAUUCUUUGGAGUUGUAUAGACUUUCAUUGGCGCAUAUUAAACAUGAUGAAACUACUGAAUCUUCAUCGUCACGCACGACUGAAAUUUUAGACACGCAAUAUGAUGAUAUCAUGGACUACUUGAAAUGGCUAGAAUUAGAUACUAAAGAACAUCCAGAACCACCUGAUUUUACAAAAGUUACACAGCAGCCUGCAGAUGAUGAAGAAAUUAUUGCUGAUACAACUAAUGUUUUAUCAUAUGAACAUAUAUUAGCGCAAAAAAGACUCUCUGGUAAAGACGCUCCCAAACCCGACACCGUAUCUGUCGCCACUAAAUCCGGAAAAGUUGGGGUCAUCAUUACACCAGAAGCAAAACUUGCAAUAGCAACAAAGGAUUCCAUUAUUCAGGCUCAGGAUGCUCUAUGGGAAGAAAAGAAGUCGCGUUUGUCAGAUGCAAAGGAUUCGUUGGAUCUUCUUAUUGACCUCGAAUUGAAACCCAACCAUUCAAAACUGUUGACAACAAAAUCUUCUCUGGAAAUAUUUAGGAAAUCGACCACGUCCUUAAAAGUUUGUGGAAAAUGCAAGUGUACUGGAUUGAAAACUGUCUCUACUGUAUCAUUUUCAACUAGAGAUAAAUUAAUGAAUGUUAUACAUCCAAUAGAUAAAUUAUAUGAGCCUGAAAUUGAGGACAAACUAGAACCAGAUAUUGUUAAGAAGAAAAAGCCGUGUAUACCAAAGGUGGAACAUAAAUGUAAAAUUGUUGGUGAAAGAUAUGGCAAAGAAUUCCAACAGAACCCAGUUGAAUUCACUUCUGAUCGUAUAAAUUCUCUGAUUUCUUUGAUCAAAGAUAAUCCAAAAUUACUUGGUUUAUUUACUUCUGUAAGUAAAUAAUAAAUUUCAUAAUAUGAAGCUGGUUCCUAAAUAAAUUGGUGCUUUUUGUUAUACAAUUUGUAAUGAAUAUCUAAAUUAAAGUAAUAAAAAUAAAAAAUCUA